AUGGCUCCCGCAACUAAGACUGGCACUGCCGGUGCUAAGGGCGUAGGCAAGAAGGGCCAGAAGACCACCCAGAAGUACAUCAUCAACGCCAAGCAACCCACCGACGACCGCAUCUUCGACCCCUCUGCCUUCGCCACCUUCCUCCAACAGCGCAUCAAGGUCGACGGCCGUACCGGCAACCUCGGCGACACCAUCACCGUCAACAACCUCGGUGAUGGCCGCAUCGAGAUCGUGUCACACCAAGAGUUCAGUGGUCGCUACCUCAAGUACCUUACCAAGAAGUUCCUCAAGAAGCAGCAGCUCCGUGACUGGCUCCGUGUGGUCAGCACGAGCAAGGGCGAGUACAGCUUGAAGUUCUUCAAUGUGGUGGGUGAUGACAAUGAGGAGGAGGAGGACUAG